UGUCCCUCACUAGCUGCAGAAAGAAACCAGCCUACCUCUCCUUCUCUCUCCCUAACCGUCCGUGGUUUUACAGCAGCUGCAGGAGUCGCUGACAGACACUUGGUUUUUGAAAGUGACUCAAAAUGACAAUGAAACUGGCUUACUGGGAUAUUCGUGGGCUCGCCCAGCCUAUCCGACUGCUGCUGGAGUACACCGGCACUAAGUAUGAGGACAAGUUUUAUGUCUGUGGUGAAGCUCCUAACUAUGACAAGAGCUGCUGGUUUGACGAAAAACCCAAACUUGGGAUGGACUUUCCUAAUCUGCCGUACUUGGAAGAUGGAGACAGGAAGAUUGUGCAGAGCAAUGCUAUCAUGAGAUACAUUGCUCGUAAGCACAGUUUGUGUGGAGAGACAGAAGAUGAGAAGAUCCGUGUGGACAUCAUGGAGAACCAGACAAUGGACUUCAGAAAUGGCUUUGUGAUGAUGUGCUACACUGACCUUGACACCAUGAAGCCAGGGUACCUUAAGGCGCUGCCAGAAAAACUGAAGCAGUUCUCAGACUUCUUGGGAGACAGGAAGUGGUUUGCUGGUGACAAGAUCACUUUUGUGGACUUCAUUAUGUACGAGCUGUUGGAUCAACACAGGAUGUUUGAACCUACCUGCCUGGAUGACUUCAAGAACCUCAAAGAUCUAUUAGACCGUUUGAGUGCUCUGGAGAAGAUUGCUGCCUACAUGAAGUCAAACAGAUUCAUCAAGACUCCUGUCAACAACAAGAUGGCCAAGUGGGGAAACAAGAAAGAGUAAAGGGCAAUGUUUACAAGAUCUCCUGACCCAUUGACUCAUAAAUUCAGGAAUAGGGAAAUGUUUUCUUUUAUAACCUGUUAACUAAUUGGUUGUGUAAGUUUCAUGUUCUUUGAUUACGCAUAACACUCUCCAAAACAUUUACAAACCUUUUUUAGUUUAACAAGAAGUGUGUAAAAGAAAUCCAAGUUUGUACUAAUAUUAUGAAGAUAAGCAGAAACUUUAAUUUGAGUUCAAUUUCUUUGUUACAUCUGAAACAGAUUUGACAGAUUAAAGCAAAUCUUGUACUGA